AUUCCCAACUUACGCGAUUCUGAAACAAAUUUUUGCGAUAUCGUAGAUUCUAACACUUCUUCCGCUCUUCAAGGUUUCGAUAAGAACGUACUUCUUGUAGAUUCAAAAUUUUCAUUCUCUAAAGCGUCAGAUACUUCUCUAAAACAAGGCAGUGAAAAAAUUCGUCCCAACACGGAGCCGAUAGUUAAAAUUUCUCCUCCCACGCCAUUGAAAAAAUCGCCAAAAAUUGACGCAGUCACAAUUACUGAAAACAUAGAAGAACAUACGCUUACUGCUGUUAAAAAUAAAUCGACGAGGAGAAAAGUAGAUCUGUGUGAAGAAUCUCUUGAUGUUCCUCCCAAAAAUUCUAUCAUGCCACAUGACGGAUUGGGGAAUGGAAAAGUGUACUCAAAGAGGACGUGCCCCUUUCACAAACACGAGCCCGCGGUGAAAAUUUUCGACGACGAUAUCGAGAAAUAUUUGUCAGACGAUCCGAGAGCAAGCGUGUUGUUGGAACAGAAAUUGAACAAAUUGCCGCUAUUGCCGAAUGCCUCUAAACACAAUAAAAUUAAAAACAAAAUAACCUCUGCCAAGAAUGAAAAGAUUGAAAUGAAUGCUUUCUCGCGAAAAGAGUUGGAGUAUUAUUCGGAUAAUGUUAUUGAUUUAACGGCGAGAGAAAUUAUAAAGGUCAAAUCUAAAACUAAAGAGAAUGAUGCACUCAAUAAACAGCGCAACCUUAAAUCGGAUGUUCUUAUACCAAAUCUUAAACUUUCUAUCGGCAAAAGAUCAAUAAAGGAGAAAAAUAGUUUAAAAAUUGCAUCGUUUCCAAAACUGUAUCAUUCUCAAAACAGAAUUAAAAUAGGUUCAGAUAAAUCAAUAGCAAAGUCUCUGAAGUCACAUAAAUAUACAGUUGAUGCCAGAACGUCAGAAUUUUUAACUUAUUCGCAACAAUACGCAUAUAAAGCUUUGAGACACUUAACGCUUGACAAAAGUUUAAAUUUCAAGACCAAAAUGUGGAUAGAGACAUCGGAUAAAUCACGCGCCUCCACCGACAGAUCGAUAGUAGAUACGGACGACAAGUCAGACGUUGCUGAGAGCGAAAGUCCCGAAUCUGGGACUCGCAGCCCAGAAUUUCCUUUCUUCCUUGAAGUGCAAAAAAGAUUGAAGGAAACAUUGGAUAUAAAUGUCGAAAAACAUAAAUACAAGCUGUUGAGAUCCAGCUCUGACAAGUCGUCAAUGAUUCCCGCGAAAUCGUUGGCCAAGUCCGCGUUCAGCACAAAGUUCGCUAGAUAUGAAAUCUGGGAAAGCCCUUCGGCGAGCAUUUUAGACGCCAUUCCAAAAGUGUCAUGCUUUCGACGCAAAAACUGCGAUAGAUGCUUGUCCUGCAUGCAUAAAUCUCGGCGGAAAAUGGACGAAAUCAAAGAUAUCUCUUCGCGAACAACACCGCUAACGAAAAUAGAAGGAAAAGACGACAGCGAAUCCAGUUCCGACGAACUUCCGGAAUUUUCUGGAGAAUUGCGAAAAAUAUAUUUGCGGAAAAAAGUUAAGUAUCGUGAAAAAAUUGAGGAUCUAUCAAGUAAAUCGAUGUCAGACGAACAGCAUCGAGUAGAACAAGAGGACACCGUGAUUUCAAUGAAGAUCGAUUCAGAUCAAUCUAAAGGUAAAACACCGAAGCCUACUGAAAACUUAUUGUCGAAAGAUUCCAAGAGUUUGAAAGCCAUUUCUAGUUCAAUCUCGAUAUCGUCGGAGAAGUCGAAAGUUUCGUCCUCGGACGCGCACACAUCCGACGAUGAGACAUCAUCUCCGCUGGCACUGGAUAAUGAUCCGUCGCAGUACAAAAACAUGGCGCCUUGCCACCUGCCUACCAUCCUGCUACCCAGUAUGGAACCUCUCCGAGCCCUGAAGUAUAGAAAAGCGACCACCAUGGAAGCGCGAAUCGCUCUUAUGGAGAGCGUGACAUCGACAAAGGAGAAAUCCGACGAGGAAUAUUAUGACGAUAUAAAACCCGCAACGUCAAAAAUAUCAAAAGACAAGCGAAAAGUUGCCGAAAAAUCCGAAGAAAUCGACGACGAGAAAGACAUGUCCUUAAAGAGCCCGAGAGUCCUCUUGAAAGUUAAAUCAGAGCAGCAGCUGAUAUCGUCUAUUGCAGAACCGACGCGAAAGGGCGAGCUGAAGAGGGGAUACAGUUACAUGGGCAUCAAGAAUUUAUCGAAGGAUUCUACGAGAAGUACGUUCGAGACUCCUCGAAGCGAGGAGGAAGAUGGGCGAGAAAAAGUAAUCUUUUUGGAGAAGUCGCCGAAAUUUCGCGAUUUUUGA